UUCCAAAAAUGGAGCUUGCCGAGUUCUGGAAUGAUCUCAACACCUUCACCAUCUACGGACCGAAUCACACAGAUAUGACCACAAAAUACAAAUAUUCAUAUCACUUCCCAGGUGAACAGGUGGCGGAUCCGCAGUAUUGGACGAUUUUAUUCCAGAAAUAUUGGUAUCAUUCGAUCACAAUAUCAGUUCUUUAUUUCAUUUUAAUUAAGGUGAUUCAAAAGUUUAUGGAGAAUCGAAAACCAUUCACUUUGAAAUACCCAUUGAUUCUUUGGAAUGGAGCUCUUGCAGCAUUCAGUAUAAUUGCCACAUUGCGGUUCUCUAUUGAUCCUCUACGAUCACUAUAUGCUGAAGGAUUCUACAAAACUCUGUGCUAUUCGUGUAAUCCAACUGAUGUGGCUGCAUUUUGGAGCUUUGCAUUCGCUCUUUCCAAGAUUGUUGAACUUGGAGACACUAUGUUCAUUAUUUUGAGAAAACGGCCAUUGAUCUUUUUACACUACUAUCAUCAUGCAGCAGUGUUAAUCUACACUGUCCAUUCUGGUGCCGAGCAUACUGCAGCUGGUCGUUUCUACAUCCUAAUGAACUACUUCGCACAUUCUCUCAUGUAUACUUACUACACAGUUUCUGCCAUGGGAUACAGAUUACCGAAAUGGGUAUCAAUGACUGUCACAACUGUUCAAACAACUCAAAUGUUAGCUGGAGUCGGAAUAACUUGGAUGGUGUACAAAGUGAAAACUGAAUACAAGCUUCCUUGUCAACAAUCCGUAGCCAAUUUGUAUCUCGCAUUCGUCAUCUAUGUCACAUUUGCCAUUCUUUUCAUUCAAUUCUUCGUCAAGGCAUACAUUAUCAAGUCGUCGAAGAAGUCGAAAUCGGUGAAGAACGAAUAAAAAUACUUGUACUUUUUUAGUCUUUUUCUUAUUCACAAAAUAAAUAAUUUAAAUAUUU